GACACGAAACGGAAACAAUCCAAUCAUAAAAUGGACUCUGACUCUAUCAUAACGUCCUCAACACCAGAUGUCAGAAAAAUUUCAUUUAAAGAGAGUGAUUCAACAACGAUUUUAGAAAUGCGCCCUCUUUCGGUAACACAAAAAAAUAGCCAAGCCAUUAAACAAGUUGAUCUUCAAUCUGCGAGCACGAAGGAACGAAACAGCUCAAUUAAAUGUCCUCUGACGAAAAAGAAAAACUUCCCUACAGAAUCUGAUGUCACUUCAUACACUCGAAGUACCAAAAACUUCCACCAGGAGGUAAUAGUAAAUGGGAUGUCGUCAUCAUGCGACGGAGACUUAGAGCUACUAGAUGUAGAGGCAUUCCAAAAAGAAAAAGGUUAUUCAAGUCGAAAUAAAACAAGUCACCGGCAAAGAGCUAAAAGUCUUGGGACACUACGCCCUCUAACGGCAACAAAUGUAGAACCCUCUAGUGGUCCGUGUGUGUCGGUGAUACACAACGGAAGGACUGAUGGAGGUCAGAUAUUCCCACUGUUCCCUUACUUCAGUGUUGUUAAUGAAGAUCAGUUUUCAACAAAAUGUUCCAUCAGAAGUUCUGUGGUACCACUGUACUCUUCUUUUCCGUCUGUGAAAUGUGACAUCGUGGAGUAUUUAUGAAAUCCAAUUUCUUUUGUGAGUUUCGUGAGAAAUCGAACUUUCUAACACAACGCAACCAUUGAAUUAUUGCCGAAUAUACUACAAGCUUCAGUCAAAUUCUGGUAUAAAAAGUUCCAUCUUCAGUUAUAUCUAAUAUUCUAAAAAAAGUUUACUUUUGAAGCGAAGCUUAUCAUUAUGAAAAGUACCAUCUGCAGCGACAUCUAUUAUUACCAAAAGUUACAUCUACAGUGACAUCUAUUAUUAGCAAAAGUAUCAUCUGCAGCGACAUCUAUUAUUACCAAAAGUUACAUCUACAGUGACAUCUAUUAUUAGCAAAAGUACCAUCUGCAGCGACAUCUAUUAUUAUCAAAAGUACCAUCUGCAGCGACAUCUAUUAUUAUCAAAAGUUCCAUCUGCAGCGACAUCUAUUAUUAUCAAAAGUACCAUCUGCAGCGACAUCUAUUAUUAUCAAAAGUUCCAUCUGCAGCGACAUCUAUUAUUACCAAAAGUUACAUCUACAGUGACAUCUAUUAAUUUCGCGUUUAUAUUUCUCCUACUCUCUACGUGUGUUUGUAAUAUCAGAUUGUCUGAUUUUGUCCAUACAUGGCGAGUUUGUUCAUGCUCUGACUUUCGUUUUCUGUGUUAACGCUGGUUUUAGUUUGACGAACCAAGUAUUUGGCCAGACAAAAAAAGAAUGACGGAAACGUUCUAAUAAGUAGGUACGAAACGUAGAGCUCGGGACAGUUGUUGUUUAACCGAGAAACGACGUGCGGAACUUGAUGUAACACAAAAACAAGCAUUCCUUCACUGAUGACUGAUUACAGAAAGUAAGAAGGACACAUGCCAAGUCUUUCAAAUUACUGAACUCAAAGCGUUCGUUAUUAAAAACACGAAUUUUUACUGUGUUGUGAUUUUAAUGGUCUUGCCGAAAGAAUGUUUUAUAAUUUCUUUGCCAACUGUAACCUUUCUGUAUAAGAAGUCA